GCUACUCUGAAAUAACGUUUACCUUCACAGAAGACAAGUGUGCUGGCAGCUUUAAAAACCACAUGCUUGCCUGACUGCACAAGUAUCUUCAGUUUCCUUCUCAGCUGUUUUUUUCUUCUGCCAUCCUUGGCCACAGCUUCAUUUCUUUCUUUCAGUAUAGUCUCCUUGCAUAAACUUGUAUUUUCCGACCUUUUAAGCUUUUCUGCUUCCUUUAUUUCCUACAUUUUUAAACUCUCAUAACUCUGCUUAUAGAUUCUUGAACCGUUUCUCCUCCUCGUCUCUUUGUGUUUGGACUACUGCGAUUUACAGAAAUUUUCAGUUAUACUUCUGAGUUUUAUAUUUCAUGGUCUCUUGAUCUUAAGCAGUACUCUAUUUUUGGUACUGUACAUCUGUCAUAGUGAAUAGUUAAACAACUCAUUUGUUGGCAAACUACUUUCCUACUCCUUGCCGAUUAGUGAUCGGACCAUGCCCUGCAUCAGGAACGUCCAAAGUUCCUGUUAAAAAGUUCAUUCUUAAUCCAAUAUAAGAUACUCUUAUUAAUUCAAAUGACCUUACUGAUAUUCUCUGGCAGUAUUGCAGGUAAUAGUUUUAGAUUACGAAUUUUUUAUGUAUGGCUUUAAAGUUUUGUUUCUUCAUUUCUGCUAUUUACUUAUUUUUGUGCUGCUUGGAAAAGAUCACAUGGAACACUUGCUCUCCCAUUUCCAGUUUGUGCCCGUUUGAUUGUACGGUCCCAGCCUUGUAAUACUAUUUGAUUGGGAAAGCUGAUAUUCCUUAUCAUUUUAUUGUUUGUUCACCUCUGUCUAACCUCCAGUUCUAAUUCUGCAAUUACUCUCAAAACUAGUACAGGCAAAAAUCAUUUUCAUUCUUCAGAGCCAGGUUCUGGGUGGUUUAUUCAGCCUUUACUCUCUGGUUGAUGGGUGAUUUCUUUCUGUUGGGACUACUGCUGGUUAUUGCUUCUGCUAUAAUCUCCCUUCAAGCAGAUUUCUGGAAAAAUAGUCUUAACAGGCCUUCGUUUGAAUCCAUUGCAGUGCAGAUGUGUAAUGAGAGAAUCUAGAAUACAUGAAUCCAAGCAAGUUUUACUCCCCCGUAGCUGCUUGCCUGGCUUCCUGUUUGGCAGGGCAUAUGUGCCACUAACUUCACAAAGGAACAAGAAAGAAAAGAAUCGCCCUGCUAUUCAGUGGAAGAAGCACCCCUGGCAGACUCAGUCCUGUGCUGAAUCCAAAACUUUGGUUCAACUUUGUGAUGUCUUCCCCUGAAAUUGCUUCCCUUUCUUGGGGUCAGAUGAAGGUGAAAGGCUGCUCUACAACAUAUAAGGACUGCAAAGUAUGGCCAGGAGGGAGCCGAACCUGGGAUUGGCGAGAAACUGGGACUAACCAUUCUCCAGGAGUGCAGCCAGCUGACCUUGAAGAAGUUGUCAAGAAGGGUGUUAAAACUGUGGUGAUUGGUCGUGGCAUGAGCGAGGCUUUGCAGGAUGCAGAAGAUUCCACUUCCAAAAAGAGGGAGCUGCAGCGUGCAAAGCGGAUUUCUCUUUUUAAAGGCAAACUGCUAUGUUUCAUCACCGUCGGUGUGAAAUUUCAGUAUCGACAAGGAGAUUGUCUGCUGCAAGUCUUUUCCAUCCGUAUCUUCUAUUCCUGCUCUUGUCACAGCUUCCUGAGUCAGCUUUGUCGGUUCCCACAAAAGCGCCUGCUCUACUUGGGCUGCUCCAGUCCCUGAAAGCCCAAUUUCCUCUUUGGUGCCUGAAAUUGCUUUGCUACAUGGUGGAAACAGCUGGGACUGAUUCAUCAAAAAAUGCAACCAGAGCUCAAAACCAGUAUCUUUAUUAAAUCGCCGCUUUCAGCUAGAGCCAUAAAUAAUUCGUUAAAAUUAUGGGCUCCUUGCCCAAAUCGUGGGAACACACUUUUACAGGGCAGGAUUUCUCACAUAUACCACUUCUCUGCCUCCCACCAGGAAAACGAUCUCCCACCCUGACAUUCUCAUUAAAGCAGAGCUGCGGCUGGGCUGGGUGCCAGGAAGAUCCCACCCCAGCUGCUCUGCUGCCGAGCGGGACGGUCCCCAGCCCUUAUCUUUGUGAAGCAGCAUGCGCGAGCUGGCAGCCGGGAGAAACGGCUGUAAAAAGGCUCGCAGACACACCGAGCGCAACACAACCCGCAUUUUUGAAGGGGCAUCAGGCAGCGUUUGUGCAAAGCGUAGCACGUACCAGCCUUCAGACUUUAUUUUGAAGGCCCGCUAAUAUUGUCUUAGCCAACUGGAAAAUAAAAAUACAGCCUGCUCCCACAUUCCUGGUGCCUGCUACUAAGAAUAAAUGGGAAGAUACGAGUGAAAUAAGAUGAAAAUAGCGAUUGCGUCUCUGACUUGGUCAAAAGAUUUGAGAAGUCAGGCAAGCAAGGCAGGAAUCCAGAGGAAACCCAUCUCUGUCAGCUGGAACCCAAGGCGAUGGCGUAUGGUCCUGAUUUAAGUGCGUGCCCCAUUCUUGCGUCUUUCCAAGAACUUUGUACUUUUUGCAGCGAGUGUGCCCGCCUGCUUCGUUUUGCUAUACUUUUUAAAAUAAGAUAUGUGAAAGCCACAACGGGUUUGAGUUAGUAUCCCAUAAGGUUCAACUUUGUUCCAAAUACAUUUAUGCAUUGUUUUAAGA